GGUGACGUCACGGCUGCCAGCGGCAGGGCAGGCCGGCGGGCCGGGAGCGGCGCGGGGAGCGGGCGCUGAUAGAGCUCCGUCGCGACUCUUCCGCUGCGUGUCUCGUCACUCCGGCCUUGAGUUCUUCUCGCCUUUUCCGCUCGGCAGCCAUGGAUGCGCGGGCUCGUGCCAAGCGCUACGAGAAACUCGACUUCUUGGGGGAGGGGCAGUUUGCUACUGUGUAUAAGGCAAAGGACAAGAACACGGGACAGAUCGUGGCUAUCAAAAAGAUUAAACUGGGCCAUCGAUCAGAAGCUAAAGAUGGAAUCAACAGAACAGCUCUCAGAGAGAUAAAGUUGUUACAGGAGCUAAGCCAUCCAAAUGUUAUUGGUCUUUUAGAUGCGUUUGGACACAAAUCUAAUAUUAGCUUGGUGUUUGAUUUCAUGGAAACAGACCUUGAGGUUAUUAUAAAGGAUACUAGUAUUGUGUUGACACAAUCUCACAUCAAAGCAUAUAUGCUGAUGACGCUUCAAGGUUUAGAGUAUUUACAUCAACAGUGGAUUCUACACAGGGAUCUUAAACCAAAUAAUUUGUUGUUAGAUGGAAAUGGUGUUUUGAAAUUGGCUGACUUUGGCUUGGCAAAAUCUUUUGGAAGCCCAAACAGAGUUUACACGCACCAAGUAGUAACAAGAUGGUACCGAUCCCCAGAACUACUGUUUGGUGCUAGAAUGUAUGGUGUCGGUGUUGAUAUGUGGGCUGUUGGUUGUAUUCUAGCUGAGUUACUUCUCAGGGUUCCUUUUUUGCCAGGAGACUCUGAUCUUGACCAGUUGACAAGGAUUUUUGAAACACUGGGCACUCCAACAGAAGAACAGUGGCCUGGAAUGACAAACCUCCCGGAUUACGUCACGUUUAAGUCUUUCCCUGGAAUGCCUCUUCAACAUAUCUUCAGUGCAGCUGGUGAUGAUUUACUUAGUCUUCUACAAGGAUUAUUUACAUUUAAUCCUUGUUCUAGAGUUACAGCCACUCAGGCAUUAAAACAGAAGUAUUUCAGUAAUCGACCAGGACCCACUCCAGGAGAUCUGCUACCCAGACCAAACUGUGCUGCGGAAGCUGUAAAGGAGCAACAACACACACUUUUGAAUUUAAAAAGGAAACGACCAGAGGGAAUAGAACAAGGAUUACCAAAAAAAUUGAUUUUUUGAUCGCCAUGGAUGGUGGAUGAAAAUGAGAAUUCAAAUGACGUGAGUCCCAACCUUGAAAAACGCUGGAUGGUUAUUCUUAGAUUAUAUUAAUAUGUAAAAUGGUAAUAUAAUAUUUUAUUAAGAAAAGUGAAGUUUUUAAUUUUUUUUUUUUUAAAUAAAAUACUGCUUAAAAGAA